CUAUCUCCAGUAUAAGUCUUGGACUCCGGAGUCAACUCAAGCAGAACGACUUCAUUCUUCAAGAGAUGUAAUACGUCGUGAGGUUGCGGCACCUCAGAGGAGCAAGAGCUCUCGUCUCUGAAGUUUAUUAUACGCGGGUUCCCAGUCCUAUGUUUAGAUAGAAGCACCACCAGGAAAGCAGGAUCAGCCAUUACUCCAGCUCCCAUAGUACGGAGAGUUGGACAGCCAUCGACAUAGCUCACAGAUCAGACUCACUUGUACUCUAUCAAGUUCACUCGUUCGCUAGGAUAAAACAUCCCACACGCUGUGCUUUUUUUUAGGACGGUGAAGUUUGAUUGGUAAGUGAUGCGCCACUUGAAUCGUCUGUAGUACAUACUUUUCCAACCUGUACACAGCUCUGUCAUAAUCUCCUUCUCUAUGCAAUAGCCAGAAAUGAGAUCAGUUCGGGAGUGAAUCUGUGGACGCAGCGACCGUCGCCGAUUCUGAACGUUGUCUUUCUCGUCGCACAUAUUCAAGAGCUGAGGAGUGGACGAGGCAGGCAACCCUGUACUGAAGCUGUCGGAGGGGUAUAACAGACCACAAUGGGAGAGCAUGAAGAUAGUUACGAUCAAUCGGCUGCAGAAGGGAACUACGAUUCUACAGCAGCAGCUGGAGGAAACUAUCAUCAGAUGGAGCAGCAGCAGCAGCAGCAGCAACAACAACAACAACAACAACCAGCAGGAGGAGGAGGAGGAGGAGGAGGUGGUGGUAAUGAGUACACUGUAGAGUUUAACGCACAAUGGCAGGCGAACUCCCCUCUGCCGCAGCAAGCAGCAGGUCCUCCUCCUCAGUAUUUUCCACAAAACAAGCAGACUCCUCCUUACUAUCCACCUCAAUCUCCUGCACCGAGUUAUAACCCCAAUCCUGCUGCAGGUGCUCCGCCGACCUACCCACCACCACAGCAGCCAGCAGGUUUUCAACCAACCGCUCCUCCUCCGCAGCAAGGCGCAUAUCCACCAAAUGGAGCUCAGGGUACACCAUCCCAUCCGGGUCAAGGUGCAUCCUUUCCUCAACAAACAGGCGCAGCAGCUCCUCCCCAGCAAGUGUUCACUCCUGUAAGGUUGCCCCCUGGAAUGCCCGGUUCAAACUUUGGUCCAGGUGCCAUCAUUCGUCCAGAGAUCGGGCCCCCAGUGCCAUGGACUACUGAGCUCUUCGGCUUUCUGGAAGACUGCUACGGAUGUCCCCUGGUGAUCCUCGCGCCAUGCAUCACUUUUGGGCAGAUAGCCGAGAUUACAGACACCGGAUACAACAAAUGUCAAACUGCGGGCAUCAUCUACGCAGUGGCCCUCCUUUUGGGCAUUCCUUGUCUAUAUUCGUACACGUACCGAACCAAGAUGCGACACAAAUUCAACCUGAGAGAGGAUCCACUAGACGACUUCUGCACCCACUUUUUUUGUGAGUUUUGUGCCCUCGCUCAAGAGUACCGUGAGCUGCGGUACCGCGGAAUCGACCCAUCUCUAGGUUACGAUCUACAGCAGGCCAUUGUGUGUCAAGCCAUGGCCGCCCCCGUCCCCCCAAGAAUGGCGAAGUAGACUCAAUAUAACAGAACGUGAAACAACCUCAUGAAGGAUUUGCUGUCGCAUCUUUGCCAAAAUUGAGUGAACGUCAUGUUCGUUGGCGGCGGUCAGCUUGCAUGAAUGCUCAGAAGGAAAGCCUCAGAGGCAGGCAGCAAAGAAAAGACAUUACCAAGACACGUAAGGUACUAACGAGUCUAGUUUCGCAGAGACCGACUCCUUAAACUGAAUCAAGUCAAACCAAGGUCCUGAUACAGAGGACGGUAUCUCAGAGAUCUGUAGCCCUGAUCCCCCUGUUCCUCCAGUUGGGGCCCGCGGUCGCGUCGCAGUUGGAAUGCUUAGAGUUCAGAUGAACGAAGCAUCAAUCCGUUGGAGGGAUCAACUGAGCGCUCCCCGCUGGAUGAGAUUAGUGGAAGAGAGAUUAUUUGGAGGCUGCGGGUCAUCACACCAGAUUUCUCAUAGAGCUUCAUAUAUAUAUGCACAUAACUAGACAGAUGUUGUUCCCCUCGCUAGGAGUUGUAAACAAGCUAGAGAAACAGAGACAGAAGACAUUUCAUGUCACAUAGAGCAUAGGUGUGGAGCUUGCAAUUGAUUUGUGUAAUUCCAUGGCUUGACAGGGUCAGCUAGUGUCAGUACGAUGGGAGGCUUCGAGCCGGUCCGAUACUUAGAAGAUGCAGAAUACUGUCCAGAGUAUACAGAAUUGUACCUUUCAGCAAAAUUAUUGUGCUCAUGAAUGGAACUUGCUGAAAAAUUUCACCUUUCUCUACCU